GUUCUUCCUAUCAGAAAGAACCGGCACUUGAGUCCUUAUUUGCAUAUUGGGCCUAUAAAUAGAAGGAAACUUUUACUCUCCCAAUUUACUGUGAGAGUUUUUAGAAAAAGAAGAUGCCUGAGCCCUCCAAAUCAGCUCCUGCUCCUAAAAAAGGAUCAAAAAAAGCUGUAACUAAAGCGCAGAAAAAAGAUGGCAAAAAGCGCAAGCGCAGCCGCAAGGAAAGCUACUCCAUCUACGUGUACAAGGUGCUGAAGCAGGUCCACCCCGACACGGGCAUCUCCUCCAAGGCCAUGGGCAUCAUGAACUCCUUCGUCAACGACAUCUUCGAGCGGAUCGCCGGCGAAGCGUCACGCCUGGCGCAUUACAACAAGCGCUCCACCAUCACGUCCCGGGAGAUCCAGACGGCCGUGCGCCUGCUGCCCGGGGAGCUGGCCAAGCACGCCGUGUCCGAGGGUACCAAGGCCGUCACCAAGUACACCAGCUCCAAGUAGACAAUCUGCACGCUGAACCCCAAAGGCUCUUUUAAGAGCCACCUCCAUUUUCACAAAAUUGCUGUAAUCUUUAAGGUCGCGUGUGGCGUGGUUCUCUCUAACUUCGGAACAAGUUACUUUAGUUUUUUCAAACUAGUAGAAACUUUGCAUGUUCUGGGAGCUGCAUAACUGUGAAGUUAAAAGUAGUAAUAAUAGUUUUGCUCUAGGAGUAAAUCUAGGAAACGUUUAGUUGAAUUUCUCCUUUUACAGGUGAGUGUACUCAGCCCCAAAGCUUGGCAGGUGGAGGGGGUUUCAGGAAGUUUUGCUCAGUUUUACACGUUUUAGAUAAUAAGCCUUUUGCAGUAAUCUGAUCUGGCAGAAAUUGUUGGGUCAUGCAGAAAGUUGUUUUCCUAAGAUGCACUGUACUUUGAUAAGUCGUGUCUGACCGGGUGACCAUAUUGGGUUUUCUUGACAGGGGUAAUGGAGUGGUUUGUCAUUUUCUGCUCGGGUUCAUUUUAUUGAUGAGGAAAC